AUGGACUCCAACGUCAAGCUCUACUUGAAGCCGCGCCCUGUCCACUCCAAGUUAGGCGACCGUCUAUGGAUGCUAAUCAGACCUGAUUUUAUGUACGGCCCUUUCUUCCCAGCAUGGCAACCAGUUCCUUCCGACGCAACCGAAGUUCACACCGUCUAUUCUCCUGCGUUAGCUACUGCUCUCACCAAGCUCUACGUUGAAGUCCUUCCUAAAGUUCGCAAGUGUGAAUCAGACAUCCCACGAAUCAGGACUGCGAUGUCUGCCAAUCCUUUCAGUGCCUUCAACUGGGAAGGUUUCAUUAUAAUGGCACAAUGCGACGAUCUCCUCACUGAUUGUUGGUACCAGCCUGUGAAGCUUGUGUUUGGUGACAAGGCUCCUCCUCUACCUCCCCGGCGCCGCAGGAGCCCCAAGCAUGCUCCCAAGUAUUGGAAACUGGUAGAGGAUGCCGUAUUCCCAAUAGGUCGAGGUAGAGAGCUCGUCGACGUUGAUACAGACCUUCAGCGGAUAGUAUGGACGACUAUCUAUAUGGUAUUGAUGGGAUAUCGGUAA